AUGUGCGCAUGUGACGACAAACCAGAGAAUCGCGCUGGAACGACUGUGGCGCGGCGGAUGUACGCGGCGGUGAACGCACGGGACGUGGCGGGCGCAGUGGCGUGCAUGGCGGAGGGGUGUGAAUACCAAGAUAUGAUCUACCCGGAUGCCCUCCUCGGUAAAGAGGCGGUGGAGCAGCACCUGAGGCGCGUGCUGCAUGCCAUGCCGGCGGGAGUGGCGUUCGUUAUUGAUGACAUCUCCACGGGGGAUGCCCGUGCCUGCGGGGUGACGUGGCAUGCAGAGGUGAACGGUCGCCCGCUCCCAUUCAGCCGCGGCUGCUCCUUCAUUCGCUGCCAACCAGAAAACGGUGCUCUGCGCAUUGUUCCUGCUGAUGCAUUUCCAUGUGUAUUGCAACCUCUCAUCCGCUGCACCUCGCACGGCCCAUCCCUCCACCACCAGGUUCGUGAGGGACAUACCCGAGCCAACCUUCAAGCCCGGCUCCGCUGCCCUGAACCUUCUCUCCUGGGCCGUGCAGCUGCUGAAGCUCCUGCCCGCAUCCACCAAGCAGCGCUGGGCUGUCGCGUCCGUCCGCGCGCUGCGGUCGGCAGUGCGCCACUGGCGGCCCGUCGUCGACCGUCGGCCCGGUCUGCUCGCGCCGCAUUGCAUCCGCUGCAGCCGCGUCGCCACCUGCUCGGUGCGAACAGCUUGCGCCUGCCGCAGAUCGGCGUGCGUCCGCACGUGUCCGCCGACCAGCGCCUGCCCCAUCGCCCGCCGUCCCGCGCCCCCAGAGCGGCGCUCGUCGCGGAGUCCGCUUCCAGCGAGGAGAGCAGAGACAAUGUGACUGUAACGGGCGAUGCAGAGGCGCAGCUGAGAGCGUCAGCGGCAGACGGGGGCGCGGAGGAGGGCGGGACGUUCGAGUGGAGCCGCGCGUGGUACGCCGUGGGCGUGGCGGCCGACAUGGACGCGGCUCGCCCGCACGCCGUCACCGUCGUGGGCCGCCCGCUCGUGUUCUGGCGCGACGCCGCGGGGUCGUGGCGCUGCUUCCUCGACCAGUGCCCGCACCGCCUCGUGCCGCUCUCCGAGGGGCGCAUAGACGCGGAGGGGCGGCUGGCGUGUUCGUACCACGGGUGGGCGUUUGCAGGCAGUGGCGCAUGCGAGCUCAUCCCGCAGGCCGCGCCAGAGCAGCCGGGGCAGCCCCCCCGCGCCGUGUGCUCCCCGCGCGCGUGCGCCACUGCGUUCCCCGUGAGGGAGUUCCACGGAGUGCUGUUCGUGUGGCCUGACGAGCACUCAGCACAGCAGGCGGAGGCCACGCCGCUGCCGCUGCCGGAGGGGGUGGAUUGGAGUGAGUAUUCGGUGCUGCCGCACUACACGCGGCGGUUGCAGUACGGCUACGAGGUGCUGGCGGAGAACGUGGUGGACCUCUCCCACUUCCCCUUCGCCCACCACGGCGUCGGCAUGGCCACUCGUGACCAGGGGGGGCCCGUCAGCGACCUCGCCAUGCAGCAACUCGGCGUGAAGGGCUUUGAGGGGCCCAUCCACGUGUUUGGCUUCCCCACGUACCUCCGCUUCCAGGCACCUCAACUCGUCUACUACCACAACACCAUAAGGCCACGGCCCCCCAAGUUCUCCGUGCUGCCCAGGAAGGAUCCCAGCACGCUCGCGCCCAACACGUACCUGCUGCUGCUCUACAUCACGCCCUGUGCGCCCGGCAGCAGCCUGGCCGUGCAGGUGCAGCUGGUGAAGCGCGGCGACGGCAAGAAACUGCCCUCCGUGCCGCGCUGGGUGCUGCACCUCCGCCAGCACCAGGUGUUUGAUGGCGAUUCCUACUUCCUGCACUGCCAGGAGCGAGUGCUGCAGGACAGGGAGCAGAACAUGGAGGAGGCGCGGGCGGGCAAGGCCGACGCACAGCUGGGGGGAGGUGCAGCGGAGGGCAGAGGGGGGGCGAGGGGGGCGGCGUGGAGGGCGUUCUACAUGCCCACCAACUGCGACCUCCCCGUCGUCGCCUUCCGCCAGUGGCUCUCCAAAUAUGCAGGUGGAGCCGUCGUGUACCCGCCGCCCUUCACAGGCGUGUCGCUGCCCCCCCAGCCGGCGCCCAAGGAGGUGGUGUUGGAGCGCAUGGCCUCGCACACCGCCAACUGCACCGCCUGCUCCGGCGCCCUCACCAACGUGCAGCGCCUGCAGCUGCUGCUGCCAGCCGCCUCGCUGCUCUCCGCUGGUGCUGCUGUAGCCUCCAACUCCCUGCGUGCUCGCCUGCCGCUUGCUGUGCUGGCCCUGGCAGCUGCUGCGGCAGCGUGGAAGGCGCAGGAGUUUGCCAAGGAGUUUGUUUACACGGGGUGGGACCAUGCCACGCGGGACUGA